UAUGAUGCAGCUCCACAACACACAGCCACAUUCACCCACAGACCGAGGGGACCGAACCAGAGACAACCUCUGCCUCCCCCACCCCCGGCAGCUGGCCAGCACCCCCACCCCCGACAACCCUCUCCUGCCCCAUCCCUUUCCCAGUUGAAGGAGCGGAAAGAGAAGAGAGAAGAGUGAGCAGAGAGAUUGAGAGAGAGAUUGAGAGCUAGACGGAGAUCUCUGGAGCAGACCUCAAGGUGACUUCCAUUUCUACCUGGUUCUCGUCUGGGGGGGCCCUGGCCGGGCAGCCCCCCCACAUUUCUCCUGCCCCGAAACACGGCUCUAGCCAACCUGCUCCGCUGCUUCACCUGCGACCGUCUGUGUGGGGGCUGCACAGCGCCAGCCCCUCCGGCCCGCCAGGGCAUCGUCCUCCAGCCCGUCAUGCCCAGCUGCGACCCUGGCCCAGCCCCCGCCUGCCUCCCCACCAAAACCUUCCGCAGCUACCUGCCCCGCUGUCACCGGACGUACAGCUGUGUCCACUGCCGCGCGCACCUGGCCAAACACGAUGAGCUUAUCUCCAAGUCCUUCCAGGGGAGCCAUGGCCGAGCCUACCUGUUUAAUUCUGUGGUCAACGUGGGGUGUGGGCCAGCCGAACAGCGCCUUCUGCUCACGGGGCUCCACUCAGUAGCAGACAUUUUCUGCGAGAGCUGUAAGACCACGCUGGGCUGGAAAUAUGAACAAGCUUUUGAGACGAGCCAGAAGUACAAAGAGGGGAAGUACAUCAUCGAAAUGUCGCACAUGGUAAAGGACAACGGCUGGGACUGAGGGGCUCAGGCAGGCUCUGCCCCCCUCCGCAUGCCCCACCUCCCCCCACCCGCCCCGCCAAGCAGUCCAUACCAGCAUGAAUACUGCCCCACCCCUGGGGUUAACCCGGCUCCAACCAACACUUCUCCCUGCCUCCAGCACUUCACCACCAGGCCCCCUUUUAGAACAGGGGGUCUAGAGGGUGCCCCAGGGGUGUUCAAGGCUCAGGAGAGGCCAGCAGACAGGAAGAGGCGGCAAUGAGGGGGAAAAAGAUGGAUGUGGGGCCCCCUGGUCCAGCAUCCUGCCUGCCGAGAAGGCAGGAGGGCCACGCUCAGCCAGAGGGGGCACUAGCAGCAGGGUGGUCCCUGCCAGCCCCCUUGGGAGUGGGGGAGAAGGAAUCCUGGGUCAUGGGGCUGGUAAGUGCCAGGCCCCAGGACGGCAGAUGAGGACAGGAUGGGGAUGGAGGGAAAGUCUGUCCUAAGGCAGAAUCUCUGAACCAUCUCCCACCCCCACCCCCCAUUUAUGGGAGAAAG